UUCAGGUACCGCCUUGGAAAUUAUCUCCACUGGCCCAAAAGUCUUAAAAUCGUUUCCGCCAUUAUAAGGAGCCGCGACCAAACAGGAGGCGGGGACGCGCGCCACGCGAAUGCGCGCUCCCUUUGUCCCACCUCCUGGCCGGCCCGCUCAUUGGGAGGAGGGAGCGCGCUUCGGAGAGAACGCGCCGCAGCCGUGCGUAUGUGCUCCGGGUGGAAACUGGAGCCGGCGGCGGCGGCGUUCCGGGGGCGGAGAGGAAGGGGGAGGCGGGAAGGCUGCGCGCCGCCCGCUCCUCCCCACCCCCCGCCUCGGCCCUGAAGGGGCUGGAUGGGCGAGUUGGGCGCGAUGGCUCGAUCCUGGGCGGCGGCGGCGGCGGCGGCGGCGGCGGCUGGAGGCGGUGGCGCGUCCUCCUCCUUGCCCCGGCGCCGGCGGUGAUCCGAGCGAGUGGCCGCGGCCCCCGAUGAGACUGCUCGCGGGCUGGCUGUGUCUGAGCCUGGCGUCCGUGUGGCUGGCGCGGAGGAUGUGGACCCUGCGGAGCCCGCUCACCCGCUCCCUGUACGUGAACAUGACGAGCGGCCCCGGCGGGCCGGCGGCGGCCGCCGCGGGCGGCAGGAAGGAGAACCACCAGUGGUAUGCGUGCAACAGAGAGAAAUUAUGCGAAUCACUCCAGGCUGUCUUUGUUCAGAGUUACCUUGAUCAAGGAACACAGAUCUUCUUAAACAACAGCAUUGAGAAAUCGGGCUGGCUAUUUAUCCAAUUAUAUCACUCUUUUGUGUCAUCUGUUUUUAGCCUGUUUAUGUCUAGAACAUCUAUCAAUGGGUUGCUAGGAAGAGGCUCAAUGUUUGUCUUUUCACCAGAUCAGUUUCAGAGACUGCUUAAAAUUAAUCCAGACUGGAAAACGCAUAGACUUCUUGAUUUAGGUGCUGGAGAUGGAGAAGUCACAAAAAUAAUGAGCCCUCAUUUUGAAGAAAUUUAUGCCACUGAGCUGUCUGAAACUAUGAUAUGGCAACUUCAGAAGAAGAAAUACAGAGUGCUUGGUAUAAAUGAAUGGCAGAAUACAGGGUUCCAGUAUGAUGUCAUCAGCUGCUUGAAUUUGCUGGACCGCUGUGAUCAGCCCCUGACUUUGUUAAAAGAUAUCAGAAGUGUCUUGGAGCCAACCAGAGGCAGGGUCGUCCUUGCUCUGGUCUUACCUUUUCAUCCCUAUGUGGAAAACGUAGGUGGCAAGUGGGAUAAACCAUCAGAAAUUUUGGAAAUCAAGGGACAGAAUUGGGAAGAACAAGUGAAUAGUCUGCCUGAAGUUUUCAGAAAAGCUGGUUUUGUUAUCGAAGCUUUCACUAGACUGCCAUACCUGUGUGAAGGUGACAUGUACAAUGACUACUACGUUCUGGAUGACGCUGUCUUUGUUCUCAAACCAGUAUAAACACGCGGAGGUUGAAGUCUUCCCAGUCCACCCCAGGAAUGUAUGCUCCGGAAGAGGGUCUGCGUUCUCAGUUACGUGAAGGGAGGACCUUUGGGGACUGCCAUUCUGAAUAUCAUGUAGGAAUUUUAAAAGCCAAAAUACUAAUUAUUUCUUUGUAGUGUGUGAAAGGAAUGUUUUUCAAAAACAAAAACCCAACUCUUUGAGGAUUUUUAUUAACUCUUUACUCAGUAAUGCAGGCCACACUCCGAUUAUGGAAGAUAUUUUUUAUACUUAAUUGCAGUAGGGACUCAUUCCCAGGCAAAGCAAUAGUCAUGACUUCACAUGGAACCCAUAAAUAUGGAUUGUUUUUAAUAAAAUGAAGACUGGCAAUAAAACUGUCCAUCCAGUUGCAAAUACUGGUUAUAGGAUAUAGCCACUGAUACUCUUUCAUGUUUAGAAAUUCUAUCAUUAUUCAAGAAAAUGUUUUUAAUCAUGCUAAUAAACUUUUUUGGAGAUGA